AUGUGUCUUUGUCGUUCUGCGGGUUACAUCCAGAAGCGGAGGGACCUGCCGCUCUCCGAGUCCUUUGCCAAGUCCACCGAGUCUCCUUUGCGGGCGCGGCGAAUGGCAGGAUGCGCAGUCUCGAUGCUCUGCAGCCAGAUUCCCGAGUGGUCUGCGGUGGCGUGGGCCAAGGCACUGCGUGGACAGUCCUGGUGCAGCGCCCUUGGAGCACUGAACACCUUGGAGAAGCAAUGGGUUCAGAUCGACGUAGUCCUUUGCAACACCGUGAUCUCCUGCUAUGAGAAAACCGAAAACUGGCCCAUCGCCAUGGACACCUUCUCCUCACUCCACCGAACCUUCUCAUCGCCUUCAGCGGUGUCCUUCGGAGCGGUGAUGAGUACCUGCGAGAAGUCGGAUCAAUGGCAAUGGGCCAUUCAGAUGCUCUCAGAGCUUUAUGAGGCCGAUCUCCAGGCCAACGCUAUCCUUAUGAGUUCGGCCAUGAGCGCCUGCGGUGGCGCCCAUGCUUGGCACACCACCGUGGCUGUGCUACGGCAAUUCGCCUCAUCGACGACGACGCAUGGCCGGCAAUUUUUUGGUGCGUGGUGUGCUGCACCAAGGAGAUCGGACAUCAUCAGCUUCAACAGUGCCACGAGUGCUUGCGAAGAAGUGCGACGAUGGAAGGAUGCCCUUCAGAUCUUUUUGUGCGCAAAGUGGCAGCAGCUGCAAACGACAAUCGUAUCGUACAGUGCAGCCAUGACUGCAUGUGAGAACCAGUGGCUUUCAGCUUGGCAGCUAUUUCAGCUACUGCGCAAUGACGGAAUACUCAUGAGCACAAUUCCCUUCAAUGCCGUGGCCAGUGCCUGUGCAAAAGCAGCAGAGUGGGUAAAUGCCUUGCACCUUGUCAAUGAGGUGCACCAGAUGCUUUUGCAGCGCACGCUCGUGACCUAUGGCAGCGGCAUCAGUGCCUGUGAGAAGUCGCUGCAGGAGUGGCAACGAUGCCUGCAGCUGCUGGGUGACCUCGAAGGAGAAUCACUGCAAGGCAACCUGGUGGUCCAGAACGCAGUGCUGAGUGCAUGCGAAAAGGCCACGACUGCCACGGCCUGGGUGCGCUGGCCACGCGUACUCCAUUUGCUGGGACGAUGCGUCGCAGACGCCAUCAGCGUGAAUUGUGGAGUAGGCGCUUGCCAGACGGCGACUGAAUGGCGGCAUGCGCUUUUUCUCGCACUUCCCGAGGGCGAGAGUCAGUCCGUGAGUGCCACUGCAAUCUCAUAUGCCACCGCCGCGGCCACUGGAGCCGCCACGGUCACCGUGGCCACGGUGAGGUUGUUGGAACGGCUGGAGCAGCUGGGGAUCCAAGGCACAAGGCGUCCAAGGCACAGCGCUCGCUGA